UGCGAUUCUUUACAUUCUUACAGAUUCUUACAGUCAAUAUAUCACCCUUACAGCAUCAUGUUGUCACUUCUGGGAAGGACUGUUACUUAUGCAGUUCCUCGUAACUUUGGGACUGCUCUCAGACAGGCACACCACACUCCCCUCUAUGACUUUCAUGUGGCAAAUGGAGGCAAGAUGGUGGACUUUGCUGGCUACUCACUGCCUGUGAUGUAUGGCAAAGAGGGAAUUAUUCAGAGCCAUAUGCACACUCGCACCAAGAGCAGCAUGUUUGAUGUGUCUCACAUGCUUCAGGUACACAUCCACGGCGCGGACGCCGCGCCGAUGCUGGAGUCGCUGGUGGUGGCCGACGUGGCCGGCCUGCAGCCGGGCACGGGCACGCUCAGCCUGUUUACCACGGAGGCGGGCGGUAUCGCGGACGAUCUGAUCGUGUCGCGCACCGCCGAGGGGCCGCUCUACGUGGUCUCCAACGCCGGCUGCCGCGACAAGGACCUGACGCUGAUGGAGAGCCGCGCCGCCGAGUGGCGCGCCAAGGGCCGGGACGUGUCGGUGGAGGUGCUGGAGCGCGGUCUGCUGGCCGUCCAGGGGCCGGCCACGGCGCGCCUGCUGCAGCCGCUGACGCCGCUGGACCUCAGUGGGCUCACGUUCAUGCGGACGGCCGCGGCGGAGGUGUGCGGGCUGGCCUGCCGCGUCACGCGCUGCGGCUACACGGGCGAGGACGGCGUGGAGAUCUCCGUGGCCGCCGCGGAGGCCACUCAGCUGGCCGAGCGGCUGAUGGAGGCCGGCGGGGACGAGCUGCACCUGGCCGGGCUCGGCGCGCGCGACUCGCUCCGACUCGAGGCCGGCCUGUGUCUCUACGGUAACGACAUCGACGAGACCACCACGCCCAUCGAGGCGGCGCUGGCGUGGACCAUCGCUAAGCGGCGGCGCGCCGCGCGCGACUUCCCCGGCGCCGAGACGAUCCUGGCGCAGCUGCGCGACAAGCCGGCGCGCCGCCGAGUGGGUCUGGUGUCGGAGGGUGCUCCGGCCCGCGCCGGGGUGCGGAUCGUGACACCGGACGGCGAGCCGGUGGGCUCCGUCACCAGCGGCUGCCCGUCGCCGGCGCUCAAACAUAACGUGGCCAUGGGAUACGUGUCGGCGGCGCACGCCAAGCUGGGCACGGAGCUGCGCCUCGAGGUACGCAAACAGCGCGUGCCGGCCAAGGUGGCCAAGAUGCCGUUUGUGCCGGCCCGCUACUACAUGGGCGCUGCCUAGAUGGAGCGAUGGGCUUCGUGGCUAGAGGGGCUGUGCAACUAUAGGGAUUGUGUGCAUGGGACUUAUCUUCAUAUCAGGGAUCUAGUGCAACUAAUAUGGGCUCUAGCUGUAGUUAUAAAUGCUGAAAUAUUCGCUAGCGGGUUAGCUUAACUAGACUUCGAAGCCGAUUUCUCAGGGUGUAGGCAAAGGGAAUGCCCAUCAAUGCAUUGAGACUGCUGCGACAUGAAUGGGUGCGCCCUCAAAAGCAUUAUGCAAGCGCAAUUUUGUCCGUUCAAAAAAAAAAAAAAUGGAGACCAGGCACGGUGUGGUUGCUGGGAACUGCUUGAGAUUCGGAGAGUUCACGUCAAUUUUGGCGAAGAUUCAGGCUCGCGAACUGCAGUGGACUAGCUUCUUGUGAUGCUUGCCCAGAGUUGGUCAUGAAUUUGAAACAUUGUAUUUUUACAUAACAUCUCGUGCAAUAUGCUGUGCUUUUGAAGUUAAUGUUAAAUGUGUUUAAGAUAUUGUUCAGGUGUUGGAGAUAUUAUUUACCCAAACUUGUGUGCUGUGAUCUCUCUAAUUACUCAUUUCACUUUUCGCGAAGCGAAGGUAAUUAUACGAUAUGUUUUGCAUCCGCGACGAAUCACUCCAAAAUUUGUGUGGGGUGUUGUAUUGCCGUUGUUCUGCGUUGUUGGUGUGACCCAUCGAAUAAUGUUCUACUCUUCUACGUACACGACGAGCUUAACUUGUGCAAUAUGUGUUCUAACUAGUCGAGAGGCUCUCUGAUGUUCGAUGGAAUCCUGGAUUUUGUACCGUGAAUUUAUUCCGAAUACAUUUUGGAGCAUUGUUCAUUUCUUUGUGUGCAAAUGACCCAAAAUUAUUGAUUGUACGAUCCAAGGUAUGAUCUUAGGUCGAAGGUACAAUCGAUGAUGCGGCUUUUCCGUGUGUAGUCUUCUGGAUAGGCAAGGUAGCUUCAAGCUUAGAAUCAUUGACCUUAUGGUCAAUGUGAAUGAAAUGGUAUGGAUUGGAAUAGGAACUAUGACCAGUGACCUUUAUUUGUGUUGGCCUUUUUCAGUUCAUUUUCAGUGUUUCUUGCUGAAUUUCGUUACAUCUGAUCCAUCGUCUGGUCUGAUAUUGGAUUCCGGCGGGGCUGUUAGGUGGCAGGUUAGGUGGUUAGUUGUGGAAAGAAAAGCGGUUAUUUUCAGGUGAAAGUGUGUCCACUCAAGAUUUUGUAUCGUGCACUAUCACUCCCCUCCCCCCCCCCAAAAAAAACAGAAUAUUGAAAGUUAUCAGUACUUUCGUUAGUUGUGAAAAUCCACGUUUAAAAAAAAAGACUGCCGUCGACUCGAAAGCAUCUGUUUUUCGUCAACCUUGUGGUCACAUUUGCGUGCGUGUGUUGAGAGAAAAAAGAAUGCGCGUUUCGCUGUAUUAUCUGUGCUAUUGAGAACAUCUCAUUAAUCAUCACCUAAUUUCAAUUUGAUUCGAAUUGGCCAGGCAAGGCAUUUCAAUUUGUCGCCAAAGCGGAACAGGCUGUACAGCAGGGGUCAACCUGACUGAAAAGAUGCACAGGAAUGCUGGCCCCAUGUCUGGUGGUAGUGGCCAUGGGGGAGGGGAGGGAGACUGGGUGUGCCCUUCAGCAAAGUGCAACAACCUGAACUUUGCCCGCCGGAUGUCCUGUAACCGAUGUGGCACCAACAAGCCCAAGGAGAUGGGCAUCAAAAAGAAAUUUGGCAUCGAGAUUGGGAAGGCAGCCGCAGACAAGAGCAAAGGCCUGUUCAGUGCUGAUGACUGGCAGUGUAACAAGUCAGUGUCUGCUAUCCACUGUCCAGUUCUGUUCAGCUGCUUUAGAUGACAUUUGGUUCUAGAAUGCCCAUUAGUCUACCCUACCAGAUGCAGCGGCUCAAACAUAGGCGCGGGAGCCGGGGGGCAGUGGGGGCAGCUUGCCCCCCAGCUCUGGGGCCGUGGGGGCGGUGCCCCCACAGCUUUGAGACGGAAUACCACACUUUUUUUGCAAAAGUUUUCUUUUUUUGUUGAAAAAGCCGAAGGGUGAAAAAUAAGUGGCGUAAAACCGGUGAGAAAACUAGAUUUGGGGGUACCCUAGGUUGAUCUCUAUUAUGGUGUGCCCCCCCAGUCGGAAAGUAGUUCCCGCGCCCCUGGGCUCAAAGAUCUAUUUGUUCCUUGUCAGGCACAGAUACUUUCCCACAUCAUAUGGUAUGAAUGUCAGGGAGUUUUACCAGUGUUUGCCUUUUUCUGUAACAUUUGCUGAGAACUGAGUGUUUGCUGUAACAUUCCGGGCCCCGCCCUAUGAUGUCCCCUAUGUCUAACCAUUCUGUUUCUCUCCCCCGGCCAGGUGCGGUAACGUUAACUGGGCGCGCCGCUCCACGUGUAACGUGUGUAACGCGCCCAAGGUGGGCGAGGUCGAGGAGCGAACCGGCUUCGGCGGCGGCUACAACGAGCGCGUCGGACUCGAGUACAAGGAGCGCGUUGAGUCGGACGACGAGUACGACGAGUUUGGCCGGAGGAAGAAAAAGUUCCGAAGCAGUUCGGGUUCUGCCAGCAAAGAACCGGCGAAACCGGCGCCAAAGGAAGAAAAGGAGGAAUCAGAAGAAGAUGACGACGAUGACGAUGACGAUGACGGCGACCUCUCCAAAUACGACCUGAGCGGCUGGGGUGACGACGAUGACUCCAAGACAGACUCCAAGACCGAGUCCAAGGCCGACUCGAAGACAGACUCCAAGUCGAAGGAGAGGUCCCGCCGCCGCUCCCGGUCCUCCUCGUCUUCAUCUUCUUCCUCCUCGUCGUCGUCCCGGUCCGGCUCACGCUCUCGGUCCGGCUCGAGGUCACGCUCAAGGUCGAGGUCAAAGACGAGGUCACGCUCCAGCUCCAAGUCAAAGUCACGCAACGGGAGGUCGGGACGGCGGCGACGGUCAAGCAGCGGCUCUCGCGACUCCAGCCCGGCGGCGGGCAAGGGCCGGCGCAGGUCCAGGUCCCGCUCCAGGUCCGGGUCGAGGUCACACGGCCGCCGCCGCCGCACCCGCUCAAGAUCGCCUGUGGGCCGGCGGUGAGGUCGCGGCGAUCUCCCGAUUGGACCGCCGAUACCAUCGAACGUCUGCGGGCCUAUCGACUGCCACCGAGCGUUUCAUGCCGGCCAACACAGCCCGGCCACUGGCGCCUGACACGACACAGUAAAGUAUUCCCCUACAGUCGAACGUUCUGCCGUAAAGUAUGUGAGCUCAGUUCGGAUUGCGAGAACAGUGGGUGUUGUGGAUGCAUUGGGGUAGGAAACAAAAUAUCAAAAGGUCGGCUUCUCUGUGGUAUUUGAUAUUGAGACGAGCGACUUCGUUGGACUGUAAAGUCAAGUGCUAGACUAAGCUGAUUUGCCGCUCAUCGGUACGUUUUUUCGCUUGUUCUCUGUGUAAAUGACAGGGUCUGCGGGGAUGGGUUAUAUGGGACGCAGAUCAGGGGGAAAAGCGUCCCAUGUGAGUUGCAACUUCGUCGAUUUGUAUUCAUUGACCCAUUUUGGUGCCUUCCUUACCAAUGUCUUCCUAAUUUAGGAAACUUUUGCCCUCCCCAGCUUACCCUAGGUUCCAACCUGUCCAAAAUGCUGAUCUACUGAAGCCUCACAUCUUUAGCAUUGAUGCAGUUCUUGCUGAAUUGAUUUUUGGCACGUCAUCCUCUUGUUAUUGGGUAUUGUUAGUAAUUUAACGUUUGCAUGCUAGCAUUUUCGGUAAUAAAAAGAGGGCUGCCCUGACCCCCCCCCCCCCCCCCGUGUCCGGCCGUCGGCCUGUGUCGUGUGAGGUCCGCUGGUGGUCGGCGACCCGCUGUGAAAGCGAAUUGCGCGCGUUUCCCAGCCAUUUAUCAGCGUUUCAUACCAGAUAUUCGGUAGUUGACGUUCGCUUUCGGUUUACUGCCAUCUUUGAUUUCGAGUUUUUUUUAUUCGUCAUUCGCAUUCAGGACAAAUACAGUUGGAAACCAU